UGUAGCAGCGUGGAUAUGUCGGACCCGGCGGCGCAGGCCUUACAACCCCGGCUUCUCCAAGCCCAGUCUGCUGGGUCAGCUGGGUCCAGCACUGUCGCGACAGGCUCCGGAUCAGGGAAUAGCGACCCGGCCAGACCGGGACUCAGCCAGCAACAGCGCGCGAGCCAGAAGAAAGCCCAAGUCCGAGCUUUCCCACGGGCAAAAAAGCUUGAGAAACUUGGCGUAUUCUCCGCAUGCAAGGCUGUUGACACAUGCAAGUGCAAUGGAUGGAAAAACCCAAAUCCACCAUCAGCCACACGUAUGGACCUGCAGCAGCAGGCAGCCAGCCUGAGCGAGCCGUGCCGCAGCUGUGGACAUGCUCUGGCGGAUCAUGUGUCCCACUUGGAGAAUGUGUCUGAGGAUGAGAUUAACAGGCUGUUGGGGAUGGUGGUGGAUGUGGAGAACCUUUUUAUGUCUGUACAUAAAGAGGAGGACACUGACACCAAACAGGUGUACUUCUACCUUUUUAAGCUGCUGAGGAAAUGCAUCCUGCAGAUGAGCCAGCCGGUCGUAGAGGGAUCCCUUGGAAGUCCACCCUUUGAGAAGCCCAACAUCGAGCAGGGGGUUUUGAAUUUCGUUCAGUACAAGUUCAGCCACCUUGCACCAAAGGAAAGGCAGACCAUGUUUGAGCUGUCGAAGAUGUUCCUCUUGUGCCUAAAUUAUUGGAAGCUGGAGACGCCGACGCAGUACCGCCAGCGCACCCAGAAAGACGACGGGACGGCGUACAAAGUGGACUACACCAGGUGGCUGUGCUACUGCCAUGUCCCCCAGAGUAAUGACAGCCUACCGCGCUAUGAAACCACCCAUGUGUUCGGCCGCAGCUUGCUCAAGUCCAUCUUCACUGUGACCCGACGCCAGCUCCUGGAGAAGUUCAGAGUGGAGAAGGACAAGCUGCUGCCAGAGAAACGCACACUCAUCCUCACACACUUUCCCAAGUUCUUGUCCAUGCUUGAGGAGGAAAUCUACGGGGAGAAUUCGCCCAUCUGGGAGGCUGACUUCACCAUGCCGGCCUCAGACGGCACACAGCUGGGACAUCAGACAGUGAUCAGUCCUGCUGCAGUUUCUGGCUCCUCCGCUCUGCCCAAAGGUCUGAGCAGCAUCUCCUCUCUGGGCAGCUUGGACGCUGGAGGUGCAGAGCCCAUCACAGGAGAGAAACGGAAACUUCCGGAGGCGUUGACGCUGGAGGACGCCAAGCGGAUCCGCGUGAUGGGAGAUAUUCCAAUGGAGCUGGUCAACGAAGUCAUGAUGACGAUCACCGACCCUGCCGCUAUGCUCGGACCAGAGACUAAUCUGCUGACGCCUAACGCUGCCCGUGAUGAAACUGCCAGGCUGGAGGAGAGGCGGGGGAUCAUAGAGUUCCACGUCAUUGGAAACUCGCUUUCCCAGAAGUCCAACAAGAAGAUCCUGAUGUGGCUGGUUGGCCUGCAGAACGUCUUCUCUCACCAAUUACCUCGCAUGCCCAAAGAGUACAUCACACGACUGGUGUUUGACCCGAAGCACAAGACCCUCGCCCUUAUCAAAGAUGGCCGCGUCAUCGGUGGCAUCUGUUUUAGGAUGUUUCCCACUCAGGGCUUCACGGAGAUCGUCUUCUGUGCCGUCACAUCCAAUGAGCAAGUUAAGGGCUACGGUACCCACCUGAUGAACCACCUGAAGGAGUAUCACAUCAAACACAACAUCCUCUAUUUCCUCACUUACGCCGACGAGUACGCCAUCGGCUACUUCAAGAAGCAGGGCUUUUCCAAAGACAUCAAAGUGCCGAAGAGUCGAUACCUGGGAUACAUCAAAGACUACGAGGGAGCGACGCUCAUGGAGUGCGAGCUGAACCCGAGAAUCCCCUACACCGAGCUCUCUCACAUCAUUAAAAGACAGAAGGAGAUUAUUAAGAAGCUGAUUGAGAGGAAGCAGAGCCAGAUCAGGAAGGUCUACCCAGGUCUCACCUGCUUCAAAGAGGGCGUGCGGCAGAUCCCAGUGGAGAGCAUUCCAGGCAUAAGAGAGACAGGCUGGAAACCCAGUAACAAGGACAAAGGGAAAGAGGUGAAGGAUCCUGAUGUGUUAUACAACAUGUUGAAGAACCUCCUGGCCCAGAUAAAGACUCAUCCUGAUGCCUGGCCCUUCAUGGAGCCAGUGAAAAAAUCAGAGGCUCCAGAUUAUUACGAGAUCAUCCGCUUUCCCAUCGACCUGAAGACCAUGACAGAGCGACUGAAGAACAGAUACUACGUGACCAAGAAGCUCUUCAUUGCCGACCUGCAGCGAAUCAUCACCAACUGUCGCGAGUACAACCCUCCAGACAGCGAGUACUGCAAGUGUGCCAACACCUUGGAGAAGUUCUUCUACUUCAAAUUAAAAGACGGAGGCCUGAUCGAGAAAUGAGCUCGACCACGGAGCUGUUUCUCGAUUCGUUUGACGGCCGAGGGGCGGCUGACGCGGCGGCCACGCGCCGAGCUGGAGCAGAUCACGCGGAAAACAUUGCUAGCUUGUCAUAUCUGAGUGAAUAGAAGGGUAUGUAUGUACAUGACUGACGCAUUUGACAAGGGAAUUGUUGGACUUGAACAAACAUAACAGAGGGUUGUUUGGAAACAUCAGAGCCAGUUGAGCAUUACAAAGUGUCCAAUUGGCAUUACCUUUCCUCUUAAGGUUACCUUCUGUCAUUUCCUCUUUUCCAGUACUCGCAGUGGGUUAAUAAUCUGCAUAUACAUGUUUCAUUAAGUGUACCAAAGUUAUAGGUCCAAGUUAUAACAAUGCCACACUUUCCACCGUUAUUUAUAGUACGACUGACCUGGUUUUGUCGCAUUUAAUGACAUUUGUUCAUUCCAAGUUGCUUAAAACUCGUCACUAGAGCAGAUGUGUUUGUAGUGUAGGGUUUGUUUUUCCACAGAAAACUGGACCUCGGGACCUAAAGCCACGUUGCCUUCCGUUACUGACAGACACUUGAACAUCCCAGCCAUCGUCACGGGUUUUAGGAUAAACAGUCUUUCAGGGGUGAAGUCCUUAAAACACUCGUCGCUGAGAGAGAGAGAGAGAGAGAGGCAGUUCUUUGACUCUUGAGUAGUCUUGAAUUUCGAUCGGCCGAUUGGUGAAUAAUUUGGCGUUCAUGAAGCGCGAAUGCCAAACAUUUGCUAGUUUUAGCUCCCAAAAGUGAGGAUUUGUCGCUUCUCUCUUUUCAUUCCAAUGUUUAUUGAAUAUCUUUGGAUAUUCUUUGACUGUUGGUCAGAAAAAAGGCAAUUAUUCAUUAUUUGGGCUUCAUCAUUUUCAAACAUUCUUAAAUCUAAACAGAUGAUCGAUCAUGAUAAUGAAAACAUCGCAGAUUAGCCGAUAACAAAUUGUUGCAGCCCUACUCUUGAGUAGCUUGAGACACUGCUAGACUGCCAGUGAUGGACUGGGCAUCAAAUAUUUUCCAGCACUUGUGCGCUAAACAGAAUAAUUUCCCCGAUCGUUGCCUUCAAGAAAACACUGUUGUUUUCGUGUCGACAACAACAUAAUGGUUAUUUGUACAGUAAAUAUGAUGCAUACUGUUUAUACACCAUUUUCCACUGGCAGGGUUGUAUUCCAAACCAUGUAGGAUGAGGUCACACGUUCGUGCAGCUUUGACCGUGCUUGCAGGUGAUAUUGUAGUCGUUGGCAUUGAUUCGUUCUGUUGCUAGACUCUGUAGUACAACUUCCACACACACAUUAUGCUAAGUAGUCUAUGUAGUGUUUAGCCACAUGUUUGUGGUGGUCACUGGGUUCCUAUGUUCCCUAGUUCAAUAUUCUAUGUUAUUAAACACACAUUACCCGAACCCUGGGCACACAGGACCCGCAGAAAGCACAUGUGGUAGAACUGGGGAGCAUAGAUCCCUUUGUCAUAUUCCCAUUAUGUGCCAUCUAAGUCUGGGGAACAUAGGAAUGAGUCUGGGGGGGUCACUGGUUAGUUCAUGCUGACCUGAGUACAGUGGAGGAAAAGCUAACCAGCAGUCCUCAAGGUGAUUCUGGACUCGCAGAAAGGAGAGAACUCCGGUUUAUUUAUCACACCAUACACGAGCUGUUGUGGGUGUUAAUGCAUGGCGGACAGUUUACACUUUGAAUUCAUGAAAAAACUUGUUGCAGGUUUUUUUUUUUUUAUUGUUGUUACAAACAUUGUAAUAAACUGUUAAAAACAUGUCUUUGUUCAGCGGUCAGUGUCAAACGAGGCGCUUCCUGAGAUGCAUCCACUUCUUUUAUGGGAAGUAACUGUCCAGUGCUGGUUGAGCCCGCUUGUUGAAUGUUUCAUUGACUUGUGUUGGUUUGCGUGUGUGUGAGUGUGUUUAUUUUGUACUUGAAUCAUGACUAGCUUUGAAUUACUGAAGUGAUGUCAGUGUUGCAUUAUUCAGGGUUGUCAAUUGCGUACUUCUCCCUCAAUCUACCUAUGCUGCAUUUCAGAUUUUCUUAAAACGGUCAGUCUGAGUGAACUUUCCACCUGUUUGAGGAUGGCUACUGUCUCUAGUUAUGGUAUAAAUGCCAUUUACUGUAACUGUAAUACUGUUCAUGACAAUAAAGUUUUUUUAUAAACAAUU